ACAUUAGCGGUUGUGAUAACAAAUCAUUACGUCAUAUCCGCCUACGUGAAAAAAAGUUUAAUCAAGGUGACUUUAAUGUUUUAAUGAUACUUUCGGAAAACAUUUUUAGCAAGGCGUUCUGAUCUGAGUGGUGCUCUAUCAAUAUCUCACAGAAGAAAUGUAAUUUGGAAAGGAAUGGCUUUUGCAUUGCCGGUUUCUUUAACACCGACAGAGGAGAAAGCUGAUUGUUUUCGACUUCUAUCUCUCGUCGUAGACGGUGGAACAUUGGUAUUACGUCAUAGAUUUGAUCAACUUAUUACACCAAGUGACCUGCAAAAUACUCUUAAUGAUACAAACACUCGUGGAAAAUUGAACGCCUUACUCAAUAAACGCGUUUUAACAAAUACACAAUGGAACUUGCUAUAUCCAACAACAGGUCGGCCAUGUUCAAGCAGAUUUGAUGUUUCUCUACUGUACUGCUUGCUGAAAUACAUAUGUGGACUUAACGAACAAUCUACGUCGUGGAAUGGUGUACCUCCUUCUUUUGACAUAUCAGUAGAGGCCGAUGUUAACAGACUGAAACAAUACCGAAAUGAUGUAGCUCAUUUGAUAUCUAUCUCAUUAAACAAGGGUGAAUUUAACAGAAAAUGGACAGAAAUUGAGAAGGUAAUUACACGUCUUGGGGCAGGUCUUCCAAACUUGCAACAGGAAAUCCAGAACCUGAAGGAAAAUAGUAUUGAUCCAGAAAAAGAGAAAACUUAUCAAAAUGAAAUAGCAGAGUGGGAGAAGAUGGACGAGAGUCUGACGGGUGAGAUUGAUGACUUGAAGACCGAGGUUCAUGAUAACAAAGAAACUCUAGAAGCAUUGAAAGAAACUGUUGAAGACAAUAAAAACUGUUGUUCUGAGAAUUCUAGAAAUAUUCAAACUCUUGAACAAAAGCAUCAAAAACACGUCGAACAUGUCGAACAGAAACUUCAAACUAUAGAAGAAACCAUUACUACGUUUUCAUUGCAAUCUAGAGUACAAGAAUCAUCAGUUAGUGAAACACGUAACAUUCCUACAACUGGUAACACGACAUCAGUGACAAAUUUCUAUAUAGAAGACAUUGAGCGUGAUGAUGUUUAUGUAACAACACAAACCCAUAAAAAGGCGAAGGAAAAAUUUAAUAUCACCGGCUGUCUGAUAUUAAGUGGACUUCCAGGUGAAGGCAAGACAACUAUGGCAACUAAACUGAUCUCAGAGACAACACCAAAAGGUUUUUGCCGUAAACUGAAUUGUCCUGCAGACUGGAAAGAUGUACCGUUGAAUAAAGAGACGCCAGUUACAAUAUUUAUCGAUGAUAUAUUUGGAGCAGGUGCUGUAAAUAGAACACUUCUAGAUGAUUGGUCACAGCUUUUGCCAGAUGUAGACAAAGCCAUCAAAGCCAAAGCAAUCAAAGCGAUGAUCACAACCCGUCAUUAUAUCUUUAAAGAAGCAAAAGAAAAGUUAAAAUGUUUGAAGAUAUUAAGAGACGACAAUGUUCAGAUACUGUCAUCAUGUGAUCUCACCGAUGACGAAAGAAUCGAAAUGCUGAAGAGCCAUUUGAUACAUUCAAAAAGAGAAUAUAAUGCAGACCUAAUAAAAAAGUGCAACAGAGGGUACGAACGAGAGUCUUAUUACAUGGGUUCAAUCCCGUCAGAAUUUGGAGAAUUUAAGGCAAUGAUAGGCUUUCCGGAAAUUGUUAAUCUAUUUGUGAAGAACGAUCAUCUUUAUUCACAAGGGUCAAACUUUUUUAGCGAGCCAUUUUUAUUUUUCAAGAAGUGUAUUGAGGAAAUAUUCCUAGACAAGGAAAAGUCUCUUGCACUUAUACUUGUUUGGACCAGACCGGGCAAGAAAUUAUUUGUUGCUGACGUUGAAUCACCAAAUAUCUCCAAAGAAAUAAAAGAAACAGUAGCUAAAUUUGGUUUUGAACUCGGCAGUGUGACAACUGAAACUAUUUGCAUGUCAUUAGAGUACCAUAAAGAUGGAUUUUUGUAUUUUAACUCGUAUGAUGGCACUUAUGGAUUCAGUCACAAUACUGUGAAGGACAUGGUUGGGCUAGUCGUUGGCAAAGAAUAUAAAACACUUGUCUUACAAUUCAUUGAAUCUGAUAUUGAAUUUUUGAAACAGUUUGUCACAACAGAUAAAAAGAAGGAUGAUGGACUCCAUAUCUAUAUGGAACCGUUUAGAUUAAAGGAAAUCUGCAAAGUAGUAUGCAAAGCGAUGGACGCAAAGGAACCAAACAGUAGAAUGAGAUAUCUUAGAAGAGACUUUAUAAUCUACGAAAGAUUCAAAACGUAUGCGCAUUUUGAACCAGGAUCAAAUGAAUUGUCCGUUCGUACGUCUUUAUUGGAACUUGAUUCUUUCAACAACAAAUGUUUUGUCAAAAUAUUUUGCGAAAGCAACGAAGGCCAAUUUAUACUUUCUAGACCAGUGGAAAUGAUGCCGCAAAACUGGUUCGAUUUCGGUUGUGACCUCGACUUCGGAGAAAGUUUUGCAAUCUACUUACCAACUCUUGCACUCCUGUACAAGAGCUCACUGCUCAUAAAAAGGGUUUUAGAACAAAAUUUUCCAUGCAUACACAACACAGAUUUUAUAAAAUCAACCAUGCUAAUAGCCUCGCAAUGUGGUUUUAAAGAUGUCCUUGAACUUUUGGUACAGCGAGGCGUUAUUGUUGAUGAAAACGCUAUAUUUCUUGCAUCGGCAAACACUAACAAUGAAAGCCUUGAGUAUUUACUGCAGAAUUUUACUGGAGAUUGCACAGAAUGUCCUCAUAGUAUUAACAAAAACAGUCCACUUAUUGCAGCUGCUAAAAACGAUAAUCGAGAGGCAGUUGACUGCAUUAAGACUUUAAUUCGCCAUGGUUGUAAUGUCAAUUAUAGGAAUAAAAACGGCUGGUCAGCCCUUGAUAAAGCCGUCAUGUAUGCCGCACCAGAAUCGUGUAAAAUUCUUCUGGAUAAUAAAGCUAACGUAAAAAACAAAAGUGCGAAAUUCAAGCGAACGCUUUUGCACAUAAAUGCAGAUGUUGGUAAUGCUAGCAUUACAAGUAUACUUCUAGAGCACGGAUUAGUGGUCAAUGUAAAAGACUACAGGGGACAUUAUCCAGUACAAUGCGCUGCAUUUAGUGAUAAUGUUGAUAUUGUUGACAUUCUAUUGAAAGCUGACACAUCAAAAGUAACCCAGAAACACAGAGUUUCUUAUGGUAAAAGUUCCAGAAUCAAGGGCGGCAGUUUGUAUCAUAUCGCUGUUCUAAAUCAAAGUGUUAAACUAAUUGAGUGUUUACUUCAAAUUAAUGUAUGUCCCAACGUUCGCGACUUCUACGGAAGAACACCGCUGUAUGUAGCCGUAUACGGAUUUGAAAAAAAGAAAGAAACGAUACUGACUUCGGACGAAAACAAGCAAUAUGACGUGAUUAAGAAGCUUUCCGAGCAUUCAGAUGCGCAUAUAGCUGACCACAAUGGAUAUACACCUUUACAUGCUGCGGUUCAUAAAGGUAAAAUAGAGGUGGUAAAGUUGUUAGCUCCUCUAUGUGCUGUUAACGCACGAGACAAAUACGGGAAAACGCCGCUACAUACGGCAUGUGAUAAAGUAGAUUUCGAAAUAUUCAAGGUACUUGUUGAAGAUUAUAAAGCCGAUUAUCGUAUGCGCACAAAGGCUGGCCACUCGAUAUUUUACAUUCUAGCUAGAAAGACUGAAUGGAGAAAUAUUAGAAGAAGAUACCAGAACGACCAACGUGUAACGAAAUACAUGGUAGAAUAUCCUCGAUUACGUUCAUUCAAAGAGGUUUUUGAAAAGAAAGAUCACACCUUUCUGGAAGAAGUAACAAAAGACAUUGUAUUGAGUGGACACCCAGAUGACAUACUUUUUACAGAACUCGGAUAUGAUCCGGAUAAAUAUUUUAAAAGUUUGUUUAAAAGAGCUUAAACAUUGCAAUGAUUAUUGAUAAAAAUCGUCCAGAUGCAAAAUGUUUCUGCUUAAGAUAGAAUUGCAGCUUUAUAAAUUUCGCAUGGUUCUUUUCUCUGUUUAAGUAAUUAAUGCCUGUAAAGAAAUAAACCUACGUCUUGAUUUUUUGAAUUGAAGUAAACAAUUUCUGGCGUAAACCAUAGAUAAAAUAUUGAUUUUGGGAAGUGCCUAAAUACAGCACCGAAGAAAAAAGUCAUCAAUUUCUGGCAAAACCAUAGAAGAUAUGUUUGAAAGCAAACGUGAAAUUAUUUUUUCCGGGAAGUUUGUAAACACUUUUGCUCGGCAUGCAAGUUAUAUUUGAAAUUACAGUAAAUAAAACAUACGAUGAUGAUUUAUAUAAAGACUUGCAAAGAAAUAAUAACAUAAAUAAGAAGACAAUCACACGAGAUAUUUACAAUUACGAAGAAAAUAUGAUACAUGUAGAAAUAUUCAAAAUUGACGAAUAACGACGACAUGACAUGCAUAAUUUAGUUUUGAUAAAAACUUUAAUUUGCUGAUUAAUGUGUAUAGAAAUGUAUCGAUAGAUGAAAUAACAGUGUCAUAUUUUAUUGAUACUGCCAUGUACUCUUAGUCGAAUAUUGUUUAAAAGUGUUAUAGUUGAGGAAAAAGAGGAAACAUAUAAAUGUCAUGUUUUGACAAUCUGCAGCUGAUUAAUAUCGAUUCAUUAUCGGACACAAUUUUAGAGCAAGAUCUGUUCAUUCUCUUACAAUCAUCAGAUGUAAGUAAUGACAACAUUUUUUCCCCUUAAAACUGUUCGUUCAAAAGCUGUUAAAAGUAAGCUGUUUAUAUGGUAGCAAUAAAGAAAUUGUUUGUAAUUUGAUAAAUAUUCUGCUUGAAAGUUGUUAAGCAUGAUAAGCAAAUAAAUGCAAGUUGGUACGUUUAGCAUAGAUAUUAGUAGUAGAAAAAUAAUUAAACUUUACUAAAAACAUAUAUUUUAUGAUACAUGUAUUACUCUGUCAAUAAAAUAUCAUUGCUGCUUACCUAAAUUUACUAUUCAUUUUACCCAUUUUAUGGGAAAACCCGUACGUCUAUGCGGAGCGAUAUUCUUAAUAAAUUUGAUAUAAGGUAAAUACUCCAAAUUUUCAUUUAAGCUGCACGCCUCCAGAUGAGUCAAAAUAUUUCAAGAAAUUCAAUCUGUAGAAAAAUGUAUUAAGAUCUAAAAAUAGGUAAAAAAUUUCAAUAUUUGUUAAUUAUUUACAUGUUAUGUGCGAUUAAUGAUUGAUUUUGCAGUAUCAAUCAUUAUUAUUCUACUGCGUUACUAACGCAGUAAUAGGUGUUUAUGUAUAUUUUGACCUCUUUUUGGUAAUUUACGUGGACUAUAAAUGCCUUUUGCAAUGUUUAUAUUACUUUCUUUGUUUUAACAAUAUUUUACUUUAAAAUACAUUUUCAAUU